CAUUCAUACAUUACAGCAAGCACUGUAACCUUUCUGUGAACAAGCACGACAGACUAAUUUUACGAAGUUAUAUGAGUAUCUUAUGUACAUAAGUAGAGCCUGAUGGUAAUGCGUAAUUGACAUAUGACCUUUUGACGAUUUCCGGCAUUGCAUAUGUAAAAGGAUCAUAAACGAAUGUUCCAGUGAAAGAUGCAAUUUGUUAAUUUGUCAAACUGCAAUCUUCUUAUAAAUUACCCUCUGUCGUAUUAGCAAUAUCCAUUUACGAGACAAAAUUAGAUAUGCACAUGCGAUGUUAGUUUAUUAAAGCAUCUACCAGAAUUUAUAAAUCAUCAGACCUAACAAGAUCAUGAAUCAUGUUAUGUUCCAGAAUAAAACGAACUCUUCGUCGUAUCCUGAUAAUCUCACAAAUAUAGAAACAGCAAGUAGCUGGAAUACUUCUGCAGAAUCUUUUGCAGUUCUUGACUAUAUAAAUAUAGUGUUGAUACCAGCAUGUCUUAUAACAGGAGUUCCAGGAAACAUAAUAACAAUCAUUCUGAUGAAUACGAACACGUUCUCCCACUUCGCAUCGAGGUACUUCCUAAUUGCACUGGCAGUUGCUGAUAUAAGCGUAUUAUGUACACAACCCUUCAAAAAUAUGUCUGUCAUAAGGUAUUUGGGAUUCGAUUUGCGUUCGUUUUCUGCUGUUGGCUGCAAGUUCUAUUUCUGGAUACAUAAAACUGGUAAGAUGGCAUCAUCUUGGUUUGUUGUUUGUUUGGCUUUGGAAAGACUCGUUGCUGUAAAGCUUCCUUUUAAAGUUAAGUAUUGGUUUUCAAAGCAAUACACAUUAGUUACAAUAAUGAUAAUAACAGGUAUCAUCGGCGGAUUUAAUGUCGGAUAUGCAUACUAUACGGAAAUCGACAAGAAUGUAAUCUGUAAUCCGGAUGUAUAUGAUAAAAAUAGCUCUGAUGCAAUAACCAUUUACCAUCAUAUGCUAAACGUUGGAGUAUCACUGUAUUUCAUUGGGCCUUUGUUAGUACUGUUCGUAGUUACUCCAGUUAUCAUAAUCAGUCUGAUCAUAAUCAAACAUAAACAGUCAAAACUUUUUAUUUUCAAUGGUAGGAAUAUAGUUGUGAAACCAACAACGAUGUUGAUAUCUGUAAUGAUAGCGUACAUAGUGUUUGUGACGCCACUUGGUAUUGUGCGCAUUAUUGUAAAUUACUAUGGAUUUAACUUAUAUUCUGUUAAUUCUACCACGUUUUCAAUCUUCAGGGAUAUUUCAUUUAUCCUUGAACUGAUGAAUUAUUCAUCUAAUUUCUUUCUAUAUGUAUGUUCAUCAAAGCCAUUUCGAGAUGGAGUAGCCUCGCUUUGUGUUAGAAAUUGCAUGCACCGUAUUUAACAACAUGGUCAACCUCUAGAUUGAUCCUAUGGUUAAAAUUUUUCCCAUCAUGAAUGGUAUGCGAAAGCCGUAAAUUGAUCUUUUUCUGCAAUCAUCCAUUAUUUUGUUUUUGCUUUAAGUGAAGAAAAAAAACAGAGAAUACAAUGACAUGGAUCGAUAGAAAAACUGAUAGUCUUAACUUCCAGUGAAAAAAACACAACACAUAGAGCUUUAAAAAAGAGACAAAAGACACCAAAGGGACAUUCGAGCUCAUGAGUCGAAAAUAAGCUGACAAUGUAAUGGCAAAACAGAAAGAGGAAACACGAACCUCACCAAUUGUGGUUUGUCACAGGUGCUCCGGAUGUGACAUCUAUUGAGUUGCUUAAUUAACUACACACCUGUUGAUACGUCGAAUUCGGUAGAUCACAAUCGUGGAAAAGGAGGACUUCAAAUUUAGCAACAUGAACCCCACCGAAAACUAAGGAUGUUCUGGUUUUACGGAAUCGUUAGGGAUAAACAUAUUCCACACAAGAAACCAUCAAGGGUUCCUUAACGCACAGACUGCGUUGCACCCAGUACGGACUUGUGCUUGUUGACGUUGAACAAGUUAUAUACACAUAUGGACCCUGAUAUUUAUGUUAUGUUUGAACAAUUUUUCGAUGCAAUGAGAUAUAUUUCGAACAUUGAUAAAGUUGUCCUAAUAAAACCAUUUUCCCGUGUACAACGUGUAUCUUUCGUUGUGUAAUAGCAGAUUAUUUUAAAACAUUUGCUUGUUUAGUUUUUGGACGGCAUUUUAUUUAGCGACACCA